AUGGAUGAUAUUUGGGGACAAGAGAGUUUGGCAGUGAUCCCUGGUGACGUUUCUGCCAGUAAAGUGGCUGAAAUUGAAGAGACUGUGCGAAAUAUCAAUAGAGAUGAUGAUAGUGUGAAGGAUGAUCCCUGGUGGCAAUUGGUACUUCUCAUGGCAGACAAUGAAGAAGGAGAUGAAGAAUUGCGUACAUUCCAAGAGCUUCUUAUAGAAGUAAAAGAUGUCAAUGACAAGUCGCGUACUGGUGUUGCACUUAUUCAUUAUACAAUUGUCUACGAUCACUCGCCCUACAUUGAGCUUUUGCACCAGCAUAGUAGAAAUUUGGACCUUAACCUCUUGGAUUCUUUGGUUGAUUUUACUCCGCUUAUGUGGUGUAUACAGCUUAAUCGGCAAAAUUGUUGCACAGAGCUAUUCUCCUUUAUUGAUGAGAUAAACUUUAAUAAGCCUAAUUCGGAUGGGCUCAAAGCCUGGGACCUUGUGAUACCGGGUUCAGCCAUGGCAGAAUUUCUCGACCAGAACAACAUCUCACAAUAUCAAACUUUUUCCCCAUUGAGCGAUGACAGUGUCGAGUUACCAAUGGCCAAUUUGAAUUUAGAGACUGAGUCUUCAGCACUUACAGCAAAUGAUGGGGCAUUUAAUGAAUUUACGGAAGAUUUUGAAUUUGAUAGAUUGAUAAAGAACCAAUAUCUGGAGUUCUCCGAUUUUGAUAUCCCCCAAAUUCUUGACUUAUUAAUCUCUUUGCCCAGAAAAAAUCCUCAUACCACAACCUACCCUGCUGCCUUACUAUUCCAAUGUAUACGGUAUGCGGAUCAUAAGUUAGAAUCCACUCCACUGGUCGAAUCAUUGAUCCAUCUUUCAUUGACUAGAAUUAUUGCCUCAAUCUCAACAGAUUUGAAUCCUGAGCUGGAAACGCAGGGUGAUAUAGUCAUACAGUCAUAUUGGCUCAGUGCAGUAUCGUUCUUGUACUAUUACUUAUGCAGAGACGAAGGGUUUUUCAGAAGAUAUCCAACAAUCCUGCAGGAUAUUAUCAAUACUCUGCACACUUUGCUGAUAGAGAUAAAUUCGGCGAUACGCUCAAGAGUAGUACCACUAAUGGAUCCCACGAUACUUUCCUAUACUACGAUAGAAGACGUUAAGCAAACGCUAUACAAGAGAGAUUGGAAUUUUUUUAAAAAGAGAAAACAAGCAAAACAAUUAGCAUUGCAGGAGAAGAAGAAGGCUGAAUCACACUUUUUCGAUAAUGACAUUUUGAAACACUUAUACCCGCCUUCCUUAGAAGAUCAGAUGAAGGCGUCUCCGAUGAAAAUAGUUCAAGUUUUUGGUGCUUUGUCGUAUGUGUUGGAUCUGCAUAAGAUUCAUCCACUAUUUCAACAGCAAUGUCUCUCAAUAGCCAUUGACUGGUUCUCGUCAACUCUGUUUAACAAGAUGUUAAAGGAUAAAGAAAAAAAAGUUCUAUCGAGAGCUCAUGCCAUUCAAAUUAGGUUAAAUCUUUCGAGUUUGGAAACGUGGAUACGCAAUAAUGAUUUGACUGUACCGAAGCCUAUGCUGAUUGAUAGUUUCAUGUGGCAAAGAUUCCCCUUCACCUUAAUUCGUGAUUUGAACGACAUCGAUCUGACAAAUGUGCCUUUGAGAAAUGUAGCUAGUUAUAGGCCUGUCGAUGGUUUAGCGAGUAGUAACAUGCCAGUGGUCUCAGAUACGACGAACUCUCUCUUUUAUUACCAACCGUUCCACCAAAUAACGAGACUCCAUUUGGAGCCUGUCUUUCAACUUUUACAAUGGUUACAAAUUGCCACAACUUUAACGAAUGACGAAUCGCUAGAUGCAACUUUGGCAUUGCUACCACGCUUAAAAACCGUGCAGCUUUUGAAAGCAAUGGACAAAUAUAGUUACGAAGUUGACGAGCACAAGUUCAACUCAUCUUUGAAAAAAAGGUUAGCACAAGCGGUCAAGAUGGAAAAGUGUAAGGAUGACCCGUAUCUUCCAGAGAAAAAGACACCACUCUUAGUCUUACCAACAACAGCUGAACUUACAGACACUUACACAAGAAGCACAGACAGCCGAUAUUUUCAACCGUUAUUACCAAUAGAAAUUCAGGACUCUGCUCUUGAAAUUCAUGAGGAGAACCUAAAAUUGCGCAAGAAUGAAAGCUUGGUGGAAGAUAAAUCCGAAGAAAGCGAACAUGACCACGAGGAACAUGACCUCAGCGAUGAAACGAAUGAAGAGGGUGGGAACGGCUCUAAAUUUGGAAAUGGGCACGCAGGAGACGAAUAUUUUAGAGAACUCAAUACCCCAUUAGCUUCCGCUCAACGUCAUCCAUGGGCCGCCAAUGAUGAAAUCGAAGCCAACCCAUGGUAA